AUGCCGGGACAGAGCUCAGGUGGAGCCGCCGCACUGGCGGCUUUGCUUGGUCUUCUGUCUGCUGUGAGUGGACAGUCCGUGGUUUGCAACCAGCCGUCCAAUAAAUCCAGUACCGUGUAUGAUUUCUCCAUCCGCGACCUCCACAAGGAGAAGACGAUGCACAUGUCCGACUACCGCGGCAAGGUCCUGCUGGUGGUCAACGUGGCAACGUACUGAGGCAAGACGCCACAGUACUUCGGUUUGAAUGCACUACAAAACGACUAUGGGUCCCGCGGACUUCAGGUCAUCGGAGUCCCAUGUAACCAGUUCCAUGAGGAAGAGCCCGGAUGGAACGGUACCGAAAUCAUGAACGGCAUCAUGUACGUCCGUCCUGGUAACGGUUUUCGCCCAGUCUUUCCUCUCACCGAGAAGGUUGAUGUUAAUGGAGCUGUUCAGCAUCCUCUAUACGUGUAUCUCAAGGAGUUUUGUCCUCCAAUAGACAGCUUCUUCCGAGUGUUUACCAAUGGGGAGCCGCGUUCUAUAAACGAUGUUCACUGGAACUUCGAGAAGUUUCUGGUCGGCCGGGAUGGUCGGAUAGUUAGCAGGUACCAUCCAAGAGUUCUCCCUAUAGAAAUCAGACCCGACAUUGAAACAGAACUCAACAAAUCUCCGCCAAUGAGUUCCAUUACUACACCAAGUAGCGUCAUCAUAGGAUAG